GUCGUGACGUCACUGUCCAACAUGGCGGCCCUGGUGGAAAAAAUCGCCAAGCAGGCGCUUCUGACGUUCGACUUCGCCUCUCCGCACUGGGAGCGGUCCCUGAAGGACAACUUCGGCAAGCUGACAUCCUUCAUGAACCAGCUGACCUACCGGGACGUCAACAUCGAGCCCAGAACGGAGGAAAAACAGCCGAGAAGGUCGCUCCGCGGGAGGCCCGUUUCGUCUCAGGACGACCCCGCUCCGGUCACGUACAUGCCGAUCUGCAACCACGAAUUCUUCACCAUGGGGAUCUUCCUGGUGAAGGGCGGGGAGAGGAUCCCGCUGCACGACCACCCGGACAUGCACGGCGUCUGUAAGGUCCUGUACGGCACGGUGUCCAUCCGAUCCUACAACCGCCUCGACCCCUCCGCCAACGGUACGCAACCCCCUCCACCUCUCCCCGACUUCGACACCCCCCUCCCUCCGUGGCAACGCAACUCCCUGGUGGCUUGCACGGCGAACGGACAGUUACAACUGGACGAGAACAGCGAGGCCUGCGUCCUGGAGCCCCUCAGGGGAAACCUGCACGAGAUCGUGGCCGUAGACGGCCCCGCUGCCUUCUUAGACGUCCUGGCGCCUCCAUACGACCACGACGGCUCCACGGACAGAGACUGUCACUACUACCGCCCUGUCACCCCUGUAAAGGACCCCGCACAGCUACAGGAAGACGACGUGCACUGGCUCAUGAGAAUAUCUCAGCCCAGAGACUUCUGGUGUGACGCGGAGCCCUACCCGGGGCCGUCUGUGUCAGUCUGACUGUCGUAAAAUAUUACACUUUAAUUUU